GACAUCUCUCAAUUGAACUAAUCCGAUGACUCGAGAGGACAAGCGUCGGCGAAGUCGAAGCAGGAGUCGAAGUCGUGACAGGACCGAGCCGGCUGAUAUCAAACCAUACUCUUGGCGUCGCGGCUGGUUCGCCGAGGAGUAUAAUCCCGUUCAGAUUGGCAGCAUCGAUGGUACUGACACGACUCCGCACGACAAAGGCCUGGUACGGGCCAAGGAUGCCAAAUACGACGCCACAAAGGACCCGCAGAUCCAGGGCGACCCGUACGCGACGCUGUUCGUGGCGCGACUGUCAUUUGACACGACAGAAUCGACGAUCCGAGAUUUCUUCAGCAAUUAUGGGCCCAUCCGUCGACUUCGACUUGUGCGGGACAAAAAGACCGACAAAUCCAAGGGCUACGCGUUCAUCGAGUUCGAGCACGAGCGAGAUUUCGAACGAGCCUACAGACAGGCCCAUCGACGCAUGAUUGAUGGAGCUACUAUACUGGUAGACUUUGAACGGAGCAGAGUUAUGAAAGGGUGGAAACCGCGGAGACUUGGAGGUGGUUUGGGUGGCAAGAAGGAGUCUGGACAACUUCGCUUUGGCGGACGAGAUCGACCGUUCAAGCCGCCCUUGGAGACGCAUUAAAAGUGGCAAUAGUACGGAUUGGAUUGUUUACUAGUUGACAGCUACGAACUGCGUUCGUGGUAGAACUUCGGAGGCCUCCGCGAUUAAAGACUGUGUAGGAAUGAGCUGCGAUGGUUGCCGAACGCUCUGCCAGAAUAAGGAUAGAUAUCCUGGAUCUUGUUGCAGUGACGCACUAUGGUACUCGACGACAACGGCGUGGAGUCGACCACCGACGAGUGUCACGUGUCCGGAGGUUGCAGCAGUGUUCAAGCCGUCGAUUAUUGUUUUCCCGUCAAUGUAGACACCAGCGGCACUCCCGACGUCGCUUUGAACUUUGACCCACAGCGUAUAUUCCUCUGUAAAAGUCGGACGAAGGAAGCCUCUCCAAACAACGCGCGGAAAUCCUCUCAUGCUAACAUUUUUACUCCAGUCAAAGUCGAUCACGGCGUCCACAGUGCGCAUGGCACUCGCUAAAUUACGCUGGAGAGAUCCCGUAUCGAUGUAAUAAUACCCAGUUAAUCCACGCUGCGGCUCGGCGACUCGCGUCUCGAUCUCGUAUGCCCCAGGUAUCAUGACGCGGUAGGUCACAACAUAGUCACCGUUGCCGAGAUCUGUAACGUUACCCGCUGAGCUGUCGGGGCCGUGAAUGCGAGCAACCAACAGGUCGCCACCACUAUCACGAAUAUUGCCAAACGCAUCCCGAGCUGUGACGUGAUACGUGUAAUCCUGUUUGGUGAAUAUCUGCGGUCCCAAGCCUACGCCCGUUGCCGUCACUCCUGCGCCGUUAGGGGACACGAAAGAUGUGACCGCAGUGGCAACCUUGGGGACAACUCGCAGCGUUACUGUCUUUUGUGUAAAAGAUUUACCUCCGUCAACACUAAGCAACACAGCAUGUAGACCAGUGAGAGUAAUUGUGUACUCAACGAGUACCUCAUUGGCCGACAAGAAGUUCUGAUCUCCUUCACCCAUUUGAGAUACCUUCGCAGAUACUUCGGUGCCUGUACUCAAACUUCUUAGCUUGAUUCGAACUUGACCAAGAUAUGAAGUCACCAUGGGAGCUGUGAGGCGGUUCAUACUCCCAUCACGAAGCUCCAGUACGAAACUAGUGAGAACUCCAGCUGUCGUUGACACAAAACCGCCACCGAUGAGCGUAGAAGUCACUGCACUAGGCAGACCAGGAUCAACUUGGAGUUUAAAUGGACUGCCUUUGAUGUUGUACGGAGCCAAGAAUGUUACCAAAGCGUCGCCACCAGGAGGAACAUUCGUCUUCUUCGCGUCAGGAAGAGCAGCUAUGUACAACGAAAAGUUGCCAAUUAAAUGAGCAACCAAGUUGACUUUGUACGAGCCGUCCAACAAAUCGGUGGUCGAUAUAUCGGGUUGGGCAUUCCCAGUAAGCCCCUGCGGAAGCAACACGUAUAGUGUGCAGUAAUCUUCACCGCUAAGUUUGUUACUGAAGCUGUCGCGUGCCACCACAGUGAAGAUAAAGGACUUGUCCACACUUGCUCGCACUGCCAUCGACUCCGGUAUUAAGGACGAUGUGCCGAAUUCUGGAGUAAACUUUGUUGGGUCUGCAGUAGCAGGUUUGAUAUCGAGUGGCGGGGCAUUGUUGACAAUCCUCCAGGAAGUAAAGAGUUGAGAAGAAGGAACAAUCUCGCGAGAUUGAGACAGACUACUCCACCAAAGAAAUACUGUGGCGUUGGGUAUCGCUCUUGGCUUUGAGAAAUUCAGCUCAAGAUCCACGAAUGUUUGCGCUGUGAGGGCUACCUUCAUUAACACAUCUACACCCUUCUGAACAGCAACCGAAGUGCUGUCGAUGCGUAGACUAGCGAUGCCCAACACACCCACUUCAAACGUGUAAACUUCACUGAAGCGUGGCAGCAGGAAGCCAUCCCAGCGAACACUAAAAGUCUCAGCAGACGACACCUGUGCAGGUGGCUUCUCUCCAAAGUCAAAAUUUAGUGUCGCAUCGCGCCGCUUUAGCACCAGAAGCGAGCGAUCUGGUGAUGAUUCUGCUGUAGCGGUUCCCACAGGAACUGCACUCGCGGAGUAGUACGAACCGUUUACACCUCCUGGCAUCAUGAGCUUUGGCGUAAAAGGAAACAGCAUGCUGCGCUUCGGCCGAAGGGUGACUAGAUAACUCCCAUUUUUCUCGUCCGUAAUUGGGGCUUUAAGAAAUGAACGUACGGCAUCAUUGAACUGAAAACGAUUACCUCCAGUCUCCAGCACAUUUCCGAAAGCGUCUCGUGUGGUAAGUCUCGCCACAAUGGGUAUGCCUGCCCUAAAGACAAGCGGUGGAUCGACCUGCGUCUUGGGAAAUGGUGGAGAGAGCAGAUCCAGCGAUGUCGUUAUUGGAGAUGCCAAGGCUGGAUACGCAUACAUGGUAAAUGGACUAGAGAUAAUGGCAACUCCAUCCACAGUCACGCUGAUCUUGUAGCUGCCUUUUACGCUUAGUGUAUAUGCCACAAGGAAAACUCCAUUGCCGGUAUAUUUUACUGUGACAGCAGCAUUC